AUGGCUAAGAAGAUCUCAAAGAGAAGCAGAGCAGCAAGAAGGGGCGAAGUGAAUGAUGUAGAUGCACCAAUCAUUCACACUACAACUAAAGAAGCACACGAAAAUGACGGAGUCCGCAAAUCAAUAAUACGGACCCAGAUCAAAAAUGAAACUUUGCUCAACAAAAAAAUAGAAGCGUCACGAAUCCGCAAACAACAACAACAACAACAACAUGAUAGCAAGAAAAAGUCAUCAUCGUCCACUUCCCUCAAGAGCAAAAUCGAUCGUAGUGAUAAGUUGAAAGAUAUAUUGACUACAAAGAUCGAUGCAAGUAUAGCGAGAGCAAAGUAUGUUCAAAAUGCCCGGAAAUCAAAUUGGGACAAGACGAAUGCAAGCAUCGAAAUUCGAAAUCAUAUGAUUGAAGAAGCGACGAAGAAGCAGUUGACUGAGGACGAGAUUGAAAAGAUGGAAGAAGAUGAGUAUGUGAGGAAGUUUUACGAAACCGGUGAUGAUGGCAAUAUUGAUGAAGGGGACAAAGAGGAUAGAGAAAAAACACUAUCGACAAGUAACAAGUUUGCGUUGCUAGACGAAGUAGAGGCAUAG